UCAGGGGCUCUUCGAGAUUUUUGGACAUUGAUGAAGAGCAUGGUUGACAUGGUUCUGCUCAGACUCUUGAUUUUGGGUUCGCUGGUUCAACCUGGCUUUCUGGGUCUUACUCCUGCUAGCUGUGGGAUUUAUUACAGGCGUCCAGACUUCACCGACAUUGCCGUGAGUUGCGGGACAAAUUCUAUAAAUUUGGCAAUUCAGGCUUGCCCGGUCGCUUACAGCGGAUAUAACGAGUCCCUGUUGAUCCUGAAUCAAAUCGCAAAUGACCCAUUGUGUCAGGGGACGCUGGAUGCGAACGUGACUCCUCCGGUUGUGCGCUUCGUCUUCCCGAUCAGGCAACUAGACUCCUGUGGCAGUUUCUUCCGUACCACCAGCGCUGCAGGCACCGGGGCCUUCUCUGAUUUCUCCAACAUCCAGACGGUGUACAUCAGUGGGGUGGUCCGCUCUUUCGACCCCACAAUAGGGACAGUGACCUACAAUGCCGAACUGAAGUAUAUUUACUCAUGUGCUUAUCCACUCGAGUACCUGAUCAACAACACACAAGUUGAUGUGUCAGCCUCUUCUAUUGCAGUGAGGGACAACAAUGGUAGCUUCAUCAGCACUUUAAGCAUGCAGCUGUACAAAGAUAUAAACUACACAACUCCGCUUGUUUUUCCCAAUCGGGGUAUUGAGCUCAGAACCCGAAUCUUUGUGCAAGUCAUUGCAGUAAACUUGACUUCACAGUAUUAUGUUCUGCUGGAUCGAUGCUACGCCUCCAUCUCUCCUGUACCCUCCAAUUCAACCUUUUUCAAUCUCUUUGUCCCGUGCUCUCAGGACCCGAUGACCAGCAUGCUGGAGAAUGGAGAGAGUCAGAGGGCUCGAUUCAGCUUUCCGGCUUUCCGUUUCAUCGAACAGCAGAACCAGACCGUAUCCACCUACUACCUGCACUGCAUCACCAGACUCUGUGAAACCACCACCUGCCCCCAGUUCAAGCAAUGCAACAAGAGGAGGAGAAGAGAAAUCCAGACCACAACAAUUAAAGAUGGCGUUUCAGACGCCACAUUCAUCACCUCAGGACCAAUCACAACCCGAGCAGACACACCUAUCACCACUAAAGAUGAAGCAGCCAGCAGUGCGCAGAAGAGCAGUGGUAAUGCGGCAUCUGUGGGUUUGGGAGUCAGUCUGGCUGUUCUCAUUGCUGUGGGAACAGUCGCCGGCCUUGUGGCUGUGCCAUUUUACCGCAAACUCAAGAUGCAGCGUUAAGUAUCCCAUAAUCCUGUUUCAUGUAGGACAAAUACAGCAGCGCUGGUGGAGGUGGGAACUGGGGGUCCGGAAUAUUAUCAAUAUCUGACCUUUUUUUAAUAAUGCUGUGAAGUGUUUAUUCAUGAUUAAUUGCAUCCUGAGUAAAAGUUUGUGUUUACAUAAUAUGUUUGUUAGUGUU